AUGGAAUUUUUACAUAGAAGAAAGUUAUACCUUCAACUGGGCUGGAUAUUAAUGGUGAAUUUGGUUUAUGCCAGUCCAGAAUAUCAGAAAGAAACUCCUGCAAGUCUAGGUCAGAUUGACCAUCAAUGCUGGGAGAUCUCCUCUCAUGGGCUGAUGGAAAUGAAGAAACUGAGGGUAGCAGAUACUGUCAUUGCUCUCUGGGACUUCAUGAUGUUCUUAAAAGAAUCGCCUAAGCCCAAGCAUAAUGAACUCUUCAAUGAUUUGGCCCAGAACUUCUGGGAUAUGUAUGUAGACUGUGUGCUCUCAAGGUCCCAUGGAGUGGGCCGAAGACAAUUAACAUCUACCAAGUAUUUCUCCUCAUAUUCACAUAGAACCUCAGCAGGUAAAUUUACUGCACAAUACUAG